CCUCAGUGGAUGCCGGUGAUGUUUGGGACAAAAAUGGACUCUAUACGUCGAAGCACUCUCAUGCAACCCAUGACCAUAAGUCACGAUGCCACAUCUAUUUCAUAUCGCUUAUCUAGUCCUCCUGUCUUCGAAAACCCGUACUUAUCUACCUGCCUUAGCAGCCCCCCUCACCAGUCUUGUGUACUCUCCUCCAAGAUAUGCCCAGUUUAACUCUGCCGGAAUGUGCACACUACACCCCCCCUCCAGAAACAAAGGAGGACUUGGAAUUUGCGGACCUUCCCAUCAUCGACCUUUCCAAAGCCCAUACACCCGAAGGACGCGCACAGCUCUAUCCGCAGCUUCGAGAUGCACUACGCACCCAUGGCUUUCUCUACGCCAUCAAUCAUGGUUAUACCCAAGCUCAGCGUGACAGGAUCUUUGACCUAGCUGGUGUUCCUUUCAAUGACGUCUCUCCAGAUGAAAAGAAGACAUACACUGCCGAUGUCGAGAAAGUCGGGUACUAUGCAGGCUAUAAACCUCGUCAAUUCUGGAAAGUCGACACGGAUAAUCAAAUUCUCGAUCAGAUCGAGCACUAUGCAAUAAACCUCAAUGUCGCGAAGCGUCCCCAUCCCACGGUCUUGCGCUCCUUCCUUCCAGAACUCGAUGAUUUUGCUCGCCAUAAUCACUUCAAUAUCCUCCACCCGAUCCUUCGCUUGAUUGCAUUGAGCCUCGAGCUGCCCGAGGAAACUUUGGUGGAAAAACACAACUUUGACCGAACGGGAGAAACCUCUGUCAGGUUCAUGAAAUACUAUAGGCGCUCAAAUGACGAAGAAGAGAAAUCAAAGAAUGUCUGGUUGAAGGGACACACAGACAUUGGCAGCAUCACCAUUCUAUGGAGUCAACCUAUCGGGGGGCUGCAAAUUAUGGCUCCCGACGGGAAAUGGAAAUGGGUCAGACACAUUGACAACGGUUUGGUUAUCAAUACAGGUGACAUGAUGACAUUCUUCACAGGUGGAUACUACAAGCCUACGAUCCACCGUGUCAUCCAGCCCCCCUCGGACCAACGCGCCUACGACCGUCUGGGUGCAUACUACUUCGCGAUGCCAGAUAACGACGUUCGUUUGUUGCCGUGUGCUGAAAGUCCUGUAUUAAGGCGCGUUGGUAUCGAGCGUCAGUGUCUUGAUGAGGAUUCGCCAUUGUGCGAGACAUGGAGAAAGGGAAGGACGACGGCGUACGGGAGGUCUGAUCUUAAGAAGGGGGUGGAACGUGGUGUUGAGGAGGAGGUUAUCGAGGGGAUUGUGGUGAAACAUUAUAAUUGAGUACUGAAGAGCGGCAGAAUGUUCAUGUGUUAUUGUUAUGAUUGGCUGACUUUUUGUAUGGUUUAGUAGCAAUAUAGAUUUCACAGCUGCGUGGACGUCAUUCGCACACGAGGUU